UCGCUGCUGGUCAGAAAAGUUGGCUUCCAUUUUUGUUUGAAAUCUACGGUGCUAAUUUGUGGCCCCAAAAGUGAUUCGAAACGUGUUGUCCCCGGUCGAAAAGUGUCCGUUUGUCUGCUUCCGCCCGUUUGUGACCGUCGGCGGAUGUUGGCGAAGUGUAAAGUGUGACCGCGUGCUCGUUUUUCGAGUGAAUUUGUUAAUUCUUGUGUGCGACUGGUUCCUGAUCAGUUUUUUUUUGUUGGUUAUCCUUGGGUAGAGGAAAGAGGAGCGGAGGAACCAAGAUUUCAUUUUAUACCCACACGGUUAAUAGGAAAGGAUAAUGACCAGUGACGGGAAGUAAUUUCGGAAGAAUAAAAAAGAAUACCAAUACGAUCAUUAAUCCGCGUUGUGUGCCAGCCAUGGGAAGGGCAACGAUGACGCGGCUCAAAGCCGGAAUUAAGGCUUCGGCCAUUCUCGACCAGGGAGCCAAAAGGCAGCGCCGGUCGGAUGCGGCGAAGAAGCAAGAGGAGUGCGCCAAAAAGAAGAAGCUGGACCUCUGGAAAAAGGUGGUGGCCGUGUUCAACAAAUCCGAAUCGAAGCGGACUCCCGAUGACGAACGGCUGCUGGCCGCGCACAAAACGCUAGUCAAGCAGAUCCUGGAACGGCGCAAACGUCGGCUAGAGUACAAGGAGCGUACGCUGGAAACGGAAGAUGAUCCCGCGUUGAUCCGGGAAAAGGCGUUGCGCCUCGCCCAGGCCAUUGCCCGGUCCAAACAUCUGGUGGUGUACACCGGGGCGGGCAUUAGUACGUCAGCCAAAAUCCCAGACUAUCGGGGCAGCCAGGGUAUCUGGACGCUGUUGGCCCAGGGCAAGACGAUCGGCGAUUACGAUCUGUCGCUGGCAGACCCCACCUACACCCAUAUGGCGCUGUUCGAGCUACACCGGAGGGGUAUCUUGAAACACGUCGUGUCACAAAACUGCGACGGGUUACAUUUGCGGUCCGGCUUGCCUCGCAUGAGUCUGUCCGAGGUUCACGGGAACAUGUACAUUGAGGUGUGUAAGAAUUGUAAACCUAAUGUGGAAUACUGGCGGUUGUUCGAUACGACGCAGCUAACGGCACUGUACAAGCACAAAACCAAUCGUCGCUGCCGGAAGUGCGGGAAACCGUUAGUGGAUACAAUAGUGCAUUUUGGCGAGCGAGGUUGCCUCAAGUGGCCGCUAAAUUGGGGAGGCGCCGUGCCACACUCAGAAAAGACUGAUGCCAUCCUUUGCCUGGGCUCUAGCCUAAAAGUUCUGCGCAAAUACACCUGGUUGUGGGCCACCGAUCGGCCAAUCAAGAAACGCCCGGAACUGUUCAUCGUCAAUCUCCAGUGGACGCCGAAGGAUCGAGUAUCUAAUCUCAAAAUCAACGGCAAAUGUGACGAAGUUAUGCGACUGGUAAUGCACCAUCUGAACAUACCGGUGUCCGACUAUAAUCGACUGAAGGAUCCCAUUUUUGCUCACGCCACCUUACUGCUACCGGAGGAACAGCAUACAGCCUCGCAGCCGAUGUUGAAAAAGGUCAACAAAGAUGAAGGUGGCGAAAAUAGUUCAACAGGUAGUGAAGUAAAGAUCGAACCAAAGGAAGAAGAUUCUAUCGUAAAAAGGGAACCACCUCAGCAAAUUCCUCUGCUGAUCGGUCCCCAAACCCUGCUAUCGCCUCAACAGCUACUGAUAAACAAUUUGCUCAUGCAGCAGCAGCUCAACAACUACAACUUGGUGCUCAACGCAUCGCACCAGUUCAAUGUUCGGCCACCUGAAUCCAGUAGCGUUCCAAUGUCGCCGAUUUCGAAACUUCCCGUUCCUCCACUGGUGCCCUGCAGCCCGCCGAAUGGUCUCCGUCCGACUGUGAGGAUCCGUUUGCCAGUGCAAGCCAAACCUAUAGGAACCCAACCAUCGCCUCCGUCCUCAAUGAUGAAGGUCAUUAAAAUAGACACCAAAUCUAGUUUGUUCGGCAAUCUGAAGAACAUGUUCAACACGACGACCGAAACUUCGCCAUCCAAUAGUGUUGGUCAUGUUGACUUAGGACCUACGGAUCAGGGAUGCAAGCCAGUGCUACCGGCACCGGAAGAUUUGCCCAAACUGAUCCCGCUGAAUCCUAACAUUACUGUUAACGAAAAAACAACCAAAGAAGUAGCUGAAAAACAUAGCAACGAAAAUUUUGUUAGUGACCCCGGUCCAAUACCACUUGAACCUCUGAAAACCGAUUCAACCUACUUGGAAGAACCUCAAUCUGGUUGUGAUUCAUUAGCGUUGUCAAACCGAACCGAAUCGAAAUGUAGUUCGGAGGCAGAGCCUAACACAAAACUUCCUUCUCCGUCGCUCUGCGAUGUUGAUAAUCCCGUAUGCGUUAGUGAAAGCCUUCCGGAGCAAUUUUUGCAGGCGGAUUCGCUCGAAUCACAAGGCAAUGGUGCCAACCGUGUGAAUGAUGAGCAAGUUGACGCGCAAACUAUCGAUCAAAGUGAACAACAAACUGUGCAAUCAGGCGAUUUUAAAACGCCGGUUCGGACAUCUGAUUGCACUCAACUGCCAACUGCUUACCAUCCUUCAACGACUUUACCUGAAACUUCGCCGGACGUGGACGCAAAAAAUCAACUGAUGACUGAUUCAGAUUCCACUACGGAGGGUAAUGCUCAAGCCAGCGCAACAACUUCUGGAAAAUCUACACCAGAAGCAGAAAAAGAAGGAGACAUUCUGUGUCCUUCUUCAAACAAAAGUGACGUGAAAAAGUCGAGCGUUUUUGGGGACGACAAGCCAGCGGUGGAAAAUUUAGUUGAUCUUGAGAUAUGUGAUAGUCUUCAUUCGAAGUUAUCCAACGCGUCUCCUUUCGGUCCUCAACCAUCUCUCGGAACGGAGGAAAGCGGUGCUGCAGAAAAAAAGAAGGAGGAAUCUGGGGAAAACCUAACAGAAAGUAUUGUCGAACCCGUUGUGCCUGACAAGAAGGAUUCGGUGGUUGAAGAUAAGCAACCGUCACCGGAUUCUAGUGUGGUACAAGAAGAAUACAAAAAGAUUUCUAACGAUCUUACUGAUCAAACUUUUGCUGAUGAUGCUCGUGACAAAAGGGAAACCAUUAACGAAACCGUUGCUGCUACUGAGGAGCAGGUGCGAAAGUGUAAUGAGUCCCAGGAUCCGACAGUUGCUGAAAAGUCCAACGACGAUGUUGGCAAUGGAACUGUCGAUCACAUCAAGACAGCAGCGGAAGAAUCCACAUCGAUCAACAGCAAUCCGAACCCGCCUCAAAACACCGUCAAAGUUGUCCUGAGUCACAGUCCAGUGUAUCAUCUGUUUGAAAGUGCACCGAAAUUCGUAGAUGGGUACCCGCCGGCACUGACGCUGCUGAACCCGCUGAAGCUUCCACUGACGCACCACACUAUGCCUGUGGCCAAUGUCAAUGUUAACUCUGCAGCAUGUCAACAAUCACCGCUGCUAGCUGGAACUAAAGUGCUCGGAAACUACAACAGUAAAACUGUCCCGCAGGUUCCUACCAAUCCAACCGAACGGAAGCUGCUCGCUGCCAGCCGAAUUAUUUUGGGUACGCAACAGCCCAUAAGCCCUCGAUUAGUGAGCCCUCCAAAAUCAUCGGAAAUCGAUAGUUUGAAAACCUUCCGGUUGCAUCGAAACAAACUGGAUGGAUCUCUGUCUCCAACGGAAACACCCAGCAGUCCUACAAGUCCCCCAAGUACUCCUGUGAUUCAAGUGUCCAAAACCUCCUCAACUCCGCAGAAUGGCAUUUCGAUUCGACCCCCGAUGGUGCUAAAUGGGAAUAUUCCACCGCAACUGAUGAUCAACGGAAUUCCAGCAAUAAUCACUAACAAUCUAGUGGGAGCUGGAACUAACUCAAAAGCAGUACCGGUUAAUCCCGUCCAGCGGUUUCCCAUAGCAUAUGUCCUGAACAACGGUUUGGCUAACCAAACGGCGAACAUUGUGCUACUAACAGCACCACCGCGACCGGUUACGGCUGCCAAAAUACUUACCCAAAAUAUUCCUACCCAGGUCGAUAGCCUUAAAACCCCUACAAAGCAGUUGCUAGUUCUGGAUCCAACAGCAUCGACGCCGCAAAGCGAUAAAACCAUAAUUCUAGAUACUCCACCCCCUUCUGCUGAACCAGAUCCAGACAGCUCACCCGGGAAACCGGUCCGUAGAACCCGACGUCGGGAUCUGAAUAAGACUGACGAAAAUACUCCUACAACGACACCGGAAGCAUCUCCGGAUAAGCGAUUAGAAGAGACACCCCCUCGGCAACCUCUGCUAGAUUCCCCGCUCAUCAUAUCAUCCGAGGAACAAUCCAGCUCACCUAUCAGUGGAGCCCGGUCGCGAAGUAUGCGGAUCCGCAAGAAGACAGAAUUUCUCAACAUCAAACACCCGGAAAAGAAAAAGGUUAAAAAAGACGAUGGGCGCGACACUCCCGCAACAAAAGUGAAAACAUCUUCAUCAAUCAAUGAUCAACCAGCGAAGGUAUCUGUAUCCGACACAAUUACAUCCACGGUUCCGGUGAUACCCACCAACAUCACCGCACUGAACCCUACCACCCCUCAGCAAACGGUUAUGGUAGUGUCCCCAGGCGUAGCCGCGUCGAUACGGGCUGCUAGUAGCAUUUUGAAAACACCCCACCAUACAGUAGCAGGAGCAGCAGCAGCAGUUCCAAGUACUGCUACCAAUACUGUUGCUUCCUCUACCGGUACGAUUCCGGUUAGGAGCUUUCUGGCCUUCACUCCGCCGGGCGGUUUCCUACAGCAGCUCGUGACACCGGUGGUUCCGGCGCCCUCAGGACCCGAAUCACCCCAGGACAAAGUGAAGCGAAUUCUCAACUACUGUAAGGUUCUGCAGCAGCAAUCCCAUUCGGGCGUUAUCGGUGCUCCAAAUCUGCCCCAGUGGUACGAUGUAAACUAUGCGUACUCCGGACUGCACAGCAUUAUACACCCACCUCCACCAAACGUUAAUCUUUGGGGAUCGCCGAUCAAGCGGGAAUCGUCGACCGUGGUGAGCACCGUCGUGGUCGAAUGUAAGUUCUGCUACGAGAACUAUCGCCAAACCACGUGUCAGUUUUAUGCUCCUCAACCGGCCGUGUUUGCCAUCAGAUCAAAUCGGCGUGGGAAGCUGGUAGUGUGCGAGUGCUGCGAUUUCUCGGACGAGGAGGAUGAACCAGUUAUCACAGUCGCCGCACUGGCACAGCCGCCCACAGUGAAGGAAGAAAACGUCACCGACGAUGAUGACGACGAUGACUGCAAACCCCUUAGCCAGAUCAAGAAAGAAGUGGUAGCAAAUUCUCCCAUCGUUCUACCGUCUACCUCCAGAGAAUCUCUGGACCCGGAAAUCAAGUGCGAACUGGAAUCGGACAGCUCCGAAGAUAAACCAUUGGCGGUGUCGAUCAAACGGGAGUCCGACUCCCAGCAGGAUGCAUCGGAAAGUGACGAUUCGAAGAAACAAAGGCGGACACCGAAGGCAGCAGCGACAGUCGUUCCCUUAUCCUGUGAUAUCACCACCACAACGUCAUCCGCUGUUGCUAUUAAGGAAACUCUCCGAAAUCGUCCAAUCGGGAAAAAGUCUCGCGUCAAGCCCGGUUGGUACGGCAAAGGCUACGGUAAACUGCGAAAGAAGCGGCGCUGGAGGUGAACUUCGUUUGAUUACUACCAAGUUGCCGUCCAAAAUCACUAUUUGAUCAAUAUUUUGAGGCUGGGUAGCUCACGUGAUAAUGAUCGUGCUAACAUUGUUUAUGAGCUGUGCAACGACUUCAACAUGAUUGUCUUAAACAAUGGAGAAGUGACUCAAACCAAUGG